UGGAAGACCAUUUGCACGAACUUCAAACAUUGGCGACAACAACAUUAAAACAACAACCAAAAAGCUCAAUAUAAAAGUACAUUCAUAAUGUUGAGACAAAUAAAACCCCGCAAUGCGCGCUCGAAACGAGCACUCGAGAAGAAAGCGCCGAAAGUAGUCGAGAAUCCUAAGACGGCUCUUUUCCUCCGCGGAACUACCUGUUCGCAAGUCGUACAGGAUGCUUUAACCGACCUCUAUUCCUUGCGCCAGCCGCUCGCUAAGAAAUUCACCAAGAAGAAUGCCAUACACCCCUUUGAAGAUCCCGCCUCGCUCGAAUUCUUCAGCGAGAAGAAUGAUACAUCUCUGCUCGUAUUUGGCAGCAGCUCCAAGAAGCGCCCGCACACGUUAACCCUGGCGCGCACGUUCGCAAGCAAGAUCCUUGAUAUGUUAGAAUUACACCUAGACCCGGAGAGCUUCCGGCGCAUCUCCCAGUUCAAAGGGCGCAAGUUUGCUGUUGGUUUACGGCCGAUGAUGCUAUUUUCUGGCACUGCCUUUGAGAGCCCCGUGGCAAACGAGUAUACUAUGGUUAAGAGCAUGUUGAUCGAUCUAUUCAAAGGCGACACCACAAGCGACAAAAUUGACGUGGAGGGCUUACAGUACAUCGUGUCUGUGUCAGCCGAAGAGCCCGUAGGCGAUGCUGUGAAGCCGGCGAUCCACCUGCGCAUAUAUCUUAUUUCGACGAAGCGCAGCGGCCAGCGUCUCCCCAGAGUUGAGGUAGAGGAGAUGGGCCCCCGAAUGGACUUCCGCGUCGGCCGAAUGCAGGAACCCGAAGAGGCAGUACUGAAGGAAGCCAUGAAGACGGCGAAGGUGGGCGAAGAGAAGACCAAGAAGAACGUUACGACGGAUAGCAUUGGUGACAAGAUCGGCCGCAUCCACCUUGGCAGACAGGAUCUUAGCGAGCUGCAGACGAGGAAGAUGAAGGGACUUAAGAGAAGUCGAGAUCUAGAUGACGAGGAAAUGGAAGAUUCUGUUGUCGACGAGGACGCCCUAAAACGUCAGAAGAAGUAAUUGGCCUUUUGAGGACGAAGCGCAUGGAAUGGCGUUCUGGUUGGGUUGAUUUGGUAUUGCUACAUUACAUGUACGUGUCUUGUGGAGUUGGGAGUUCCCCGUUAAUGAGAUCUAUACCUCAUCCAAAUCUACUUCCCACAGCUGAAUUGAUAACAUCUCAUGCUCCCCCCGCUACUUCUGUGACUUGAACUCUUGGUACAUCCUACCAACUCAAAGGAAGCCUAGUAGAGAUAAUUCCCAAGCACAUAUGUGGAAUGUGUAUCCUACCGCCAUGUUGAAACCAUAUGCGUCGU